GAGUAGGGAAGGGCACAAGGCAGGGCGUUGUAUCUAGACCAGCAGCCCCAGUUUCUUGGAACAAAAGCUCUGUUGUUGAAUGAUCAUGUGACUGUGUGUGUGUGCGUGUGUGAAAGAGAGAGAGUGUGUUCGUGUUCCACCCUUGUCAUGUGAUGCAAGCUCAAGGCAAGAGAAGUGCUGAGUCGUUCUGAGAGGUUUCUUCCACGCAGGGAGCAGGCGAGCAUGCGGGCAGGGAGAGGAGAUGAACAGCCUGAUGGAUGGAUUGAUGGAUGCCGGAUGGCAAAGAGUAAUGGAGAAGAAAAACAGAGAAAGAUACAGACGCUUUUCUCUUGUUACAUUUCAUUACAUUAUCACAAUAAUUCUUUCACUCCUGUUUUGUUGGACUUGAAACAGCAGACAUGAUGAUAAAAGGCUUCAUUUUGGAUCGAGCUUUCAGCAGCGAUGCAGUGGCUGUUGCUCACCACAGCGGCGGAGGCCUUCAAGAAGUGGAGCUGUGGCGAAUCACUGGCUGUGGGUGCUAAUCACCCAGGAGCAUGAGUCAUGACCUCAGUGGUACUGGUUGACACUGGAGGGACAGUAGUAGAGUAUGUCACAGCGGAAGAAGACCUCCAGCAGCAGGAGGGAGACUGUGAGGUGGAUUUGGAGUUGGAAGGAGAGGUGGAGGGCGAGUGUGAAGCUGAGGAGGUUUAUGAGGAGAUUCAAGAAAGAGAGGAGGCUGAUGACUUCCCAGCAGUCAUAGUGGAGGAGGUUCCUGGUGCCAGCCUUGCAGAGGAGCAAGGUUACUCAGCCCAGGUGGUGUUGUACAAUGAUGAGGCAUAUGUCAUGCAGGAAGUGGAGACGGAAGGAGAACAAGUUGAAGCUUCUGUUCGCGGUACCAGCGUCCACUGCUCUGAUAAAACCAUUGAGGCUGCAGAGACUCUGCUACACAUGGACUCACCUUCGAGCCUCAGAGAAGGCCGCAGUCCAGAAGCUUUCAUCCCACCAUGUGAAGCGACACCAGAGUUCCUCCAUGCUGCUAUGCGGCCUGACAUGAUUGCAGAGUCGGAGGUGGAGAUCUCAACUGAGGAGUGUUGCGAGGAGGAAGAUGAAAUGGUCACUUUGCUUGAAGAGCCGGAACCCGACAAUGAGCCAGUCAAAAAGAAGCGAGCCGGACGGAAGCCAAAGAUGCACCACUCUGUUGUUUCCAAUGGCUCACCAGAUUUUAGCAUCAAAAAGAAACCAAGAGAAGGCAAAGCAGGAACCACCACCUACUUGUGGGAGUUCCUAUUGGACCUUCUCCAGGAUAAAACCACUUGUCCCAGGUACAUCAAGUGGACCCAAAGGGAGAAGGGCAUCUUCAAACUGGUUGACUCCAAGGCUGUGUCCAAGCUUUGGGGUAAACACAAGAACAAACCAGACAUGAAUUAUGAGACCAUGGGACGAGCUCUCAGAUAUUAUUAUCAGCGUGGCAUCCUUGCUAAGGUAGAGGGUCAGCGGCUGGUUUACCAGUUCAAAGAGAUGCCAAAAAACAUUGUCAUAAUCGAUGAUGACAAGGCAGACAUGGUCACCUCUGAUGAUCUGAUUGGCUCAGAGACAGCAGCAUCCUAUGAGCGUGUGCCUCCACCGUCAGACAUGUUGCUCCAAGCCACUGAGCUGUCUUCCUCCAAGAAGCCCAACAUCUUGCGCGGUGCUAACAGAGCCAACAUCGUCCAAGCUCCUGUUGCCACAGGCAGCAAAUUAAUGCAAGGAGGUGGGCCAGCGGUAACGGCAGUGACACCAAGGAUAGUGGCUGUUUCAGCAGCACCAGAUGGUAACCAGACCCAGCAGUCUCAGACAACCAUGAUCCCCACUGCCGCAGGGCCAAGGACGGUGCGGGUGGCAAUGCAGGUGCCCGUUGUCAUGACGACAUCACUGGGCCAGAAGAUCUCCACAGUUGCUGUGCAGCAACCAACAGUAACGACGGGAGGAGCUGGUCCGACCACCAUCCUCACCAACACUUCUGCUAUCAACGCAGCUGCUGCCGCCAACGCCAGCUCACAACAAAAGGUUGUGAUCCAGACCAUUCCUACUAUGGUCCCAGCUACAGCGGAGAACGGAGACAAGAUCACCGUCCAGCUGGCUAAGAUCAUCACAAUUCCAGCCCACCAGCUGGCUCAGUGUCAGGUCCAGACCUCCGCAGGCACAAACAAGCCCAACGUUGCUGCCUCUCCAACGGGCAUCAGCCUCCUCGGAAGCCCCCUGACGGUCCGGGCGCUGGCCCCCGUCAGCGUUGCCCCCGGAACACAAGUGAUGAGACUCACCGUGCCGACACAGACACAACAGACUCUGGUGGUGUCACAGCCAGGAAGUGUUAGCAGCGCUGCGGGCGUGGUAACUGUAUCUGCAGCCAAUCAGACGGUGGUGACACAGCCUCACAUCAUCGGCGGUGUCUUCAACGGCUCAGAGCUGGUGAUAGGAGGAGCUGGAGGAGUUACAGUGGAGAAGUUGAAGGCUGCUGGUGUCCAGGUUCAAGCCGUGCAGGUCCCGAUGACUGUUCAGAACGUCAAAUCAGAUGCUGUGGACACUGAGGUUGUAGUCAAACUGGAAACCCCAAGCGUGAUAAAGACAGAGGAACCAGAGUGUUAAAUUUUUUUUGUCUUUCAGAGAACUUUAGUUUGUACUUUUCUGAGUUCAUUUUUACCUGUAAUAACCAGCAGCAGUCUGAGAGACUUAAGACUCCUAAAUGUCUGCUUUUAGUCCUAAACGUAUCAUUACAUUUUUGUUGAGAACUUAACUGGACAAAGCUGGCGUCCCUCAGAGCCACAAUGGAACCUCUUUAGCUGUUAUACAUGGAGGCAUGCGGCAAAGGAAUAAACAGACUUUAAAGGGAUUUGUAAGGAAAAGCAAAGGGACCAACCUUGAUCACUACACUUUACUCCUUGUAAAUGGAUCACUGUCACUGACUGAAGAUUGAAGGAGGGGGGACUGCAACACUACAAAAACAAAGCAAGGAAAAAAAAAAAAUUGCAAACUAUAAUACACCCCACGGUGUACAGCAGC